ACUACCACACCCUAAAUCCUUUCUUAGUACUGUCUCUCUUCAAGUUUUCCACCCCGCAGCGCAGCUUCAAAGACCCUAGCGCCGCAUCCCCAUCUCAACGGCAACAUGGUUCUUCAAAACGAUAUUGAUUUGUUGAAUCCUCCAGCCGAGCUUGAGAAGAAGAAGCACAAGCUCAAGCGCCUCGUUCAAUCUCCCAAUUCCUUCUUCAUGGAUGUUAAAUGUCAAGGCUGCUUCAACAUAACAACCGUAUUUAGCCACUCUCAAACUGUGGUGGUGUGUGGUAACUGCCAGACAGUUCUAUGCCAGCCUACUGGUGGUAGAGCUAGACUCACCGAAGGAUGCUCUUUCAGAAGAAAGGGUGACUAAAGCUGAUGGCUAAUAUUGGAAGAAGAGUUUUGUAUGUUCCCAUCAUCGGUAUCUUUUUUGUGUGUUAAAUUGUCUUAAUUUAGUAGCAGCAUUAAGGAUUUAGAAAGGCUAUGUUAUUUUUCUUAAUGUAGUGGAUGGUUUUUGUUUUAAUGAAUGUUUUGAAUUGCAUUUGAUUGGUUUUCUGAUCUUGAUAUAAAUAAAAGUAUCUUUGUUUGUUGUGGUUAAAAUUUGCUCAAAGUUGUUUUGUAAUGUUUUCUUAAUUCCUUUUUUCUUGUUUUGGAUAACUAACUCAAAAGUUGUUUUGACUACAUGCUUUACAUUAAAAAGGCUUUGAAUUGGAAUAACUAAUCUUGAUGUUGCAUCCAAGCUGUAAUCGAUGUGGCUGGUUGUAUGAUUGAUAGAUAGUGAGGAUGUAGGUUGGUGAAG